GUGUAUCUGUGAGGUUGCGAGGUCCAUCAAGUUCCAAUGGCACAGGUCGUGUGGAAGUACUCUACAAUGGACGAUGGGGGACAAUUUGUCAUAAUAGUUGGGAUAUAAACGAUGCUAGGGUUGUGUGUCGUCAACUUGGUUAUCCAUAUGCUGCUAGAGCUCUUCGGGGAAACCAAGUUCCUGAUGGAACUGGACAGAUAUGGUUAGAAUAUGUCAGAUGUACUGGAAAUGAAGAAAAUUUAAUAAGUUGUUCUAAUAACGGAUGGGGAAAUACUUAUUGCUGGCAUUAUCAGGACGCAGGAGUAGAAUGUUCGGCAACAGGUAAAAUGAUAAGUUACAAUAAUAUCAGUAUUGUAUUUUAGCACCCGUGAUGCUCUGGAAAUGAGGAAAAUUAAAUCAAUUGUUCUCAUAAGACAUAACGGAUGGGGAAUACUGCAUGCUGACAUUAUCAGUAGGCAGGAGUACAAUGUUCGGCAACAGGUGAAAUUGUAAGCCACAUAACAAUUUGCAUUAUUGGACAGCUGCAUGAAAUACAGUUUUUACAUUUUUUUAGUAUUAUGAAGAAUGGUGAUGAUAAUAGCAAUUCAGAAGACCAAAAAUUGAAUAUUUUCUAUCAUGACCUAAAAUUUCCCCAUAUUGAACAAGCCCUUGUCAAUAUUUACGACUAGACCAAAGACUCAUCUGCAGAGAAACAUAAAACAAAAUAAUAUCUGUAAUUGUAUCGUAAUAACAUGUUUCGAUAGAAUGUUUAAAGACUCUUUUCUGUGUAUGUUUAAUAUUCAAUAUAGAUGUGGAUGAAUGUGCCCGAGGAUUGGACAACUGUGGUAGUAAUUCUCAAUGUAUUAACACUGAUGGAAGUUUUUUCUGCAGAUGUAACCAUGGUUUUACCGGAAAUGGCGUAUACUGUUAUGGUGAGUAGUACCUCGGAAAAUUAUUGACCUUACAGCCAUAUUGCAAUGAUAGUCCACUAUGGUUCUUUGUCUGAACCCAAUGCGUUACAAUUUAUAACAAUUUAUCACUCUCAAUCACUUUACACAACCAUGUCAGUUAUCCAGGGGAUGCCACAAAUUAGUUGUGCGGAUUGUGAAAGACAAAAUUGUCGAAUACAAAUUCGCCAAAAGGAGAAAUGCCAAAGGAAAUAAAAUUAGCACAAGGUUUUAUCAUAUCUUGUGUUACUCAAUGAUUAACUGUUCAUUAAAGGCCCUAUUGACUGUCGUACUAGCGUAUGCCAACGUAUGUAGAAUAUCACCGGUACGUGAAGAACGCUGACAUACGCUAGGGGUACGUAUGAAAAUAAUUUCAUUAAUUUCAUAUUACACUUCUCAUAUACGUUUCUCUUAUACGCAAUAGCGUACGUGGCAGGGCCUUAAGGGUCGGUAUAUAUCGCCGCUAAGAAACCAAAUCAAUGAUGCAGCAUUCUCUAGAAUUUGUUCAAACACUCAUUCGAAACCAGUAUAAAUAAUCAAAAGUUUGUUAUUUCAAAUAUGUAAAAUAUUUACAGUAUUUCCACAUAUAGGCCUAUCACAUCCACGAUAUGUUUUCUUUUAUCCCAAUUGGAUUUACAAAAAUAUCAUUCAUGCACGGUGCAUUUUUAUCCUUAGAUAUCGAAGAAUGUGCUCUAUCGAAUUCCAGCUGCGAUUUCAAUGGUUAUUGCACCAACACUGCUGGAUCUUUUUUCUGCACUUGUUACACUGGAUAUAUCCUAAAUGGAACUGUUUGCCAAGGUAAAUAGAGAAUUCAUGUUCUUUUUUAACAUAAAUUCGACCGCAGUGAUUGAGUACCAAAGAACUGAAUAUGAUAAAGGGGUAAAAUUAAUUAUAUCAAGAAAAACUACUGAAGUUUAUAAAAUGUUCAUCCAUUUAUUUGUUAUGGUUCUUUAGAUAUAGAUGAAUGUUCGCUAUCUCUUGACGAUUGUCACCCAAAUUCAAACUGCACCAAUAUUGAUGGAUCUUUCCUGUGUACUUGUGAGAGUAAAUUUGCAAGAAACGAAUCUCUUUGUCAAG